AUGAGAGUCAAUUCACUACUGAUGGAUAAAAACUAAUAACAGAAUCUAUUUAUGGCGUUAUAAGAGUACUCGAUGCCUGUAAAUAACUUAAGUGCAAAUAAUGAAAUACUUGUAAAUUUGAAUAAAAAUUGGUAAGUGAAAGUUUGGAAAUUGAAGAUAGGUAAAUGUCUUAAAAUACUUGAAAGUACAGUGUAUUAUUAGAUAAGGAUCCUUAUUUAGUAUUCACUUCAUCUGAUUACCUAUGACUAUAUACACUUAAAAGCUGAAUCACUUAUAAAUAAUAUAAAGGAGAUUGUGGAUUGA